AUGUACGGAAAUGUAGGUCUCGCGACUCCACGUGGGUCCGGAACAAAUGGCUACGUGGUUCGCAAUCUUUCAUAUAUUCGCCCUAGGAAAGACGUCGUCCCCUUUGAAUCUUAUGAAGAGAUUGCUAUGAAAAAUAAUUCGGCGUUGGCUAAUCGAACACCGAAUAAGGAAAUCCUUGAGCACGACAAGAAAAGACAAGUCGAGCUUGAGUGUGUGUUGCUCCGCGAAAAGCUAGAAGAUGAUAAUAUUCCUGAAGAGGAAAUCGAACAAAAGGUAGAUGCUCACCGUCGAGAGUUGCUUUCCAAGCUAGACCAAGUGAAAACUACUACAACUAUUCAAGAGCAUCAGACUCAUCAACUUUCCGAGGCCAAAGCUAUCGAAAAUGAGAAAAUGAUGAAAGCCCUAGGCAUAGAUUCAUCAACAUACUCGGAAGGCGCGGCAUUCGACAAAGAGCUACAAGAACAAAAGAAAAAUAAAUUAAAAGAACAGCGGGAUUUAGAGAACGAGAAAAAGAGACAACAUUUCGAAGAACGUGAACGUAGUAGAAAGGAAGCAGAAGAAAGGAAAAGUGGUGCUGCUGCCGCCUCCGGCGUUGCUCAUUCAUCAUCAAGGAGUCGUGAAUUGGAUAAAGAGUCACGUCAUAAAUCGUCAUCGUUGUCCGGAAAACACGACAGCAAGAAAGACAACGAGAAAAAAAGUCGUCGUAAUAAGAGUGUUAGUGACGUGAGCAGAGGAUAUGACAAAAAGCGGUAUUCAUCUUCUUAUUCUAAGAAAGAUAGCCAUAAUGAUCGGCGAAGAGUGAACUCAUAUGAAGAAAAAGACGCGAAAGUCUACCAAACUAGAAGACAUAACUACGAUGAUGACGAUGAUUACAGUUCUGAUGAUAGUCACACUGAUAGGAAAGAACGACGAAAAGCACGAUCUCCUCACAGAAAUACAUAUUCCGAAUCUUCAAAACAUCAAAGACACCGAAGAGAAGGAAGCAUCCCUACAGCUAUCUCAAGACGUCAUAGGAAGAGCAGUGCUUCCCCUCCGCCAAGAUACUCCCGUGACCAAAGUCUAUCACGGUCACCACCUCAAAGGCGAAGACGUGAUGAUGAUAGUUUAUCACCGCCUCCAAGAUGGCGUAAUGAAAGCGUUUCUCCGCAAAGACGAAAUACAAGGAAAAGCCAUCAUAAUGAAAAGAGUGUACCAGAAGUUUCCUCACAAAGGAAAACCAACUCUCGUGAUCAAGAUCGAAAAAUCUAUAUUGAUGAUAAAACUCGAAAAAGUAGUUUAAAAGAUAAUGAAAAAAACAGCUUUCACGAUCAAGAUCGAAAUUUCUAUACUAUUGAUAAAACCCGAAAGAUUAAAGUCAAGGAUGAAUAUGAUGAAACAAAUAAUCAUCCAAGCACUUCUACCCCACAAAGAUACCGAGAAUAUACAGAAGAACCUUCAAGAUCUUCACGUGUUCACCAUCGUGUUCGUUCGCGGGAAAGAACACCAUCAAGACAUUCAGAGGAACGUAAUCGUCGACAUGAUCGAUCUUUAUCUCCUCGAGAAAAAAACUCUUAUCAUUAUAAACGUUCUGCUGCUAAGAGGAAGGAUGAUUCAAGUGAUAAUGAAACAAAUGUUCCCUCACGACGUGCAAACGUAAAACGACAUAAAGCAGAAGAGUUAUCUGAAAGCAGCUCGCAAAACAACAGUUCAUCCUCCGAUGAUGGAUAUCAUAAUAGAAGACGCGGUGACGAAAGAAAAGAAAGCAUUGAAGGUAAAUUAGUUUUACCUGAACAUCUUCAAAAAAGACGAAAAGGGCGACAUGGUAGUAGCACCACCGAUUCUUCCGAUUAG